AUGGGUGGACAGUCGCACGACAGCCCGGAGAGCAGCACCCUGGGGAGCGCCUCUACCUACGCCCACAGCAACGCCACCAGAGGCCCCUUCGAAGGCCCCAAUUACCACAUCGCUCCCAGAUGGGUGUACCACCUCACCAGCACCUGGAUGGUCUUCGUGGUCAUCGCCUCGGUCUGCACCAACGGGCUGGUGCUGGCAGCCACCGCGAGGUUCAGGAGGCUGCGCUGCCCUCUGAACUGGAUCCUCGUGAACUUGGCGGUCGCUGACCUGGCAGAAACCAUCAUUGCCAGCACCAUCAGCGUGGCAAACCAGGUCUGCGGCUACUUCGUGCUGGGCCACGUUCUGUGCGUCGUGGAGGGCUACACGGUCUCCCUGUGUGGGAUCACGGGCCUCUGGUCCCUGGCCAUCAUUUCCUGGGAGCGGUGGUUGGUGGUCUGCAAGCCCUUUGGCAACAUGAGGUUUGACGCCAAGCUGGCCAUAGUGGGCAUCGCCUUCUCCUGGGUCUGGUCUGCUGUGUGGACUGCCCCGCCCAUCUUUGGUUGGAGCAGGUACUGGCCCCACGGCCUGAAGACCUCGUGCGGCCCCGACGUGUUCAGCGGCAGCUCCUACCCCGGUGUGCAGUCAUACAUGGCCGCGCUCAUGGUGACCUGCUGCGUCAUCCCGCUCGGCGUCAUCGUGUUCUGCUACCUCCGAGUGUGGCUGGCUGUCCGCGCGGUGGCAAAGCAGCAGAGAGAAUCCGAGUCCACCCAGAAGGCCGAGAAGGAAGUGACACGCAUGGUGGCGGUGAUGGUGCUGGCCUACUGCGUCUGCUGGGGGCCUUACACCGUCUUCGCCUGCUUUGCCGCCGCCCACCCUGGCUAUGCCUUCCACCCUCUGGUGGCUGCCCUGCCAGCCUACUUUGCCAAAAGUGCCACCAUCUACAACCCCAUUAUCUAUGUCUUUAUGAACCGGCAGUUUCGAAACUGCAUCUUGCAGCUCUUUGGAAAGAAGGUGGACGACAGCUCUGAACUCUCCAGUGUCUCCAAAACGGAGGCCUGCCCGGUCUCCUCUGUGUCCCCUGCCUGA